GUCUGUGCUUCUAGAAAAUUCGGGUACAAAAAGGAAUACAAGACUGUGUAGUGACUGUUCUGUGUCGUGUAUUUGCGAGAACCGGCGUUCUUUUGCGACAGGCUGACUAAUUGUCAGGCUAUAACAACGUGUUUGAGUGUUCUGAAAAAGGCUAUUUCUAAGGAUUCAGUUUUUUUAAUCUGAUAAUUUAGGACUAGAAUGGCCGCGAUGUCAGUUAUAGGUAUCGAUUUCGGUAAUGAAUCGUGCUAUGUUGCUGUAGCAAAAGCAGGUGGUAUUGAGACUAUAACUAACGACUACAGUCUGAGGGGUACUCCAUCAUGUGUAGCUUUUUCACCAAAGAACCGAAUAUUAGGAGUAGCUGCAAAAAAUCAAAUGGUUACAAAUAUGAAAAACACUGUGUUCGGCUUCAAGAGACUUUUAGGUAGAAAAUUCUCAGAUCCACAUGUUCAGAAGGAAUUAAAACACUUCCCAUUCAAAGUUGAACAAAGACCUGAUGGUGGCAUAGGCAUCAGGGUUAAUUAUCUUGGUGAAGAUAAUUUAUUUAGCCCAGAACAAAUUACAGCAAUGCUGUUUACAAAACUGAAAGACUGUGCGACCACAGCACUUCAAACCCAAAUUAAUGAUUGUGUUAUAUCAGUACCAAGUUAUUUCACCAAUGCAGAGAGAUCUGCUCUUUUAGAUGCUGCUGCUAUAGCUGGACUGAAUGUGCUGCGUCUCAUGAAUGAAACAACCGCCACCGCUUUGGCAUAUGGUAUUUACAAGCAAGACCUACCAGCUCCUGAAGAUAAGCCCAGGAAUGUGGUGUUUGUCGACUUUGGCCAUAGUGCUCUGCAGGUAGCUGCUUGUGCAUUCAACAAGGGUAAACUGCGUGUGCUGGCCACAUCGUCAGACCCUAACUGUGGAGGUCGGGAUAUUGAUAUGGCCAUGGCAGAAUACUUUUGCCAGGACUUUGUAACCAGGCUGAAGUUGGAUGCUAGAAAGAAUCAGAGAGCCUUUUUGCGUCUGCUGCAGGAGGUGGAGAAACUGAAGAAGCAAAUGUCAGCGAACAGUACUCGCCUGCCGUUGAACAUUGAGUGCUUCAUGGAAGAGCGUGACGUCUCCAGUGAUAUGCAACGACAGCAGAUGGAACAGAUCUGCGCUGAUACAUUUAACAGAGUAGAGAGAACUUUGAGAGGGAUCCUACACAAUGCUAAGUUGAGACCAGAAGAUAUUCAUUCUGUGGAGAUCGUUGGAGGUUCCACUAGAAUUCCCGCUGUUAAAGCAUUGAUAGAGCAAGUAUUUGGAAAGCAAGGUUCAACCACUCUCAAUCAGGACGAGGCGGUGUCUCGUGGCUGCGCGCUCCAGUGCGCUAUGCUGAGCCCCGCGGUCCGCGUGCGGGAGUUCAGCGUGGCCGACGCUCAACCUUACGGCGUGCGACUGGCAUGGGACGCGGCCCGAGGCGAGGACGGGGAUAUGGAGGUUUUCCCUGCCUUCCACGCCGCUCCAUUCUCCAAGAUGCUUACGUUCUACCGACGGGAACCCUUCUCUGUCAGCGCUUACUAUUCGGAUCAGGUUCCGUACCCCGAUACCCUGAUCGGUCAGUGGAACAUCAAAGACGUGCAGCCGACCGCUGAAGGCGAGUCACAAAAAGUGAAACUAAAAGUGCGAGUCAACAUCCACGGCAUCAUAACCGUCGCGUCCGCGUCCCUGCUGGAAAAGAAACAGGACUCGGCUCAGAACGAAAACGUUGAAAUGGAAAACGCGAACGAGAACGCUCAGGCUCAGGAAGCUCCGAUGGAGACGAACGGCAGCGGGCAGGAACAGAACGGCCUGGACAACCAAGAGGUGAGGGAAGGCGGCGGGGAGGGCGAGCAGCACAGACAGUCGUGGACACAGAGAGUAGGCCAGUGGUUCAGCGGGGAUAACAAUGACGACAAAAAGGAUAAGUCCAAGGAUAAGACAAAGAAGGUGCUCGUGAAAACAAUCGAAUUGCCGAUCGAGUCGCGAACUCACGGUUUUGCUCAACACGAACUUAACACUUACAUGGAACAAGAGGGUAAAAUGCAAGCUCAGGACCGUCAGGAGAAGGAGCGUGCGGAUGCUCGGAACGCCCUCGAAGAAUACGUUUACGAGUUGAGAGGAAAACUAUCAGAGGGCGAAGUCCUACACGACUUUGUAGCGGAGGAUCAAAGGAACAAGCUGGUGAACACUCUAGACGCACUCGAACAAUGGCUUUACGACGAGGGAGAGGAUCAGAACAGACAGGUGUACAGUGACAAACUCAGUGAAUUAAAACGGAGUGAGCCGAUCAAACAGCGCCGAUUGGAGUUCGAGCUUCGUCCGGGGGCGUUGGACGACUUCGCUCUGGCGAUACAACUAACAAACAAGGCGAUCGACCUGUACAGAUCUGGUGACGCGAAGUAUUGUCACCUAUCUGAGGCGGACAUACAGAAGGUGUGCGAGGCGUGCGGUAACGCGCUUCAAUGGCUGGAGGCGGCUCGCGGGGCGCUGGCGCACGCUCCCAGACACGUGCAACCACCACACACCACUCAACAAAUAAGACAGGAGAGACAGAAUUUCGAGAGCAUCGUCAACCCGAUCCUCAAUAAGCCGAAACCUAAAGAGAAGACUCCGCCGCCGGCCAACCCCACCGGGGACGGGCAGCCUGAACCCAACCAGGAACAGAUGGAUGUGGAAUGAGAAACACACGCAUAGUAACCUUCAUUGUGUACAGUGUACUGGAAUCAUUUGGCUUUUAAUAAUAAAAAUUCACCCGUGAAAUAAACUUUUACAUGAUGUUUUUGCAUUUGAAUAACUCACAUUUAAUGUAAGCAAUACAAAUCUCUAAUGUGUUAAUAUUAAUAAUUUUAUUAUGUAUCUGUAUCCGUGAACUAUUAAUUUCUUUUGUGACAAAUUGUUGUUGAAUCUUCUGAAAUUAUACGUCUGUGUGUUCAUGAUCGGAUUUACUGGAUUGUAUUACGAUUAGCAGCUUCAAGGAUUGGUUGUCUCGAAUUGUUAUUAGGAAUCCGCUCCCUGUGUUGUCAGCAGUGUUCAGUCCACAGGUGCGAACACACAUGCAUCACACCUGUGUUGUUACAUAUGUAUUUUGUUUAUCUUUUAUAUUUAUAUAUAAUAGUGCAUUUCUAUUGUAGUAACUCUGAAUAGUAUUAAUUUUAUAUAUAUCGGUUGUACUGUCUGUAUUAUUUGUAACUUCCUGCACUUUUUGAAUGUGAUAAACUACGAAUAAAUUAUUAACUGAAUGAGCGACACGAACAUUUCAAGUGCUUGCUCUCAUAAUCGGGUCCCUAGUUUAGUUUUUAUAAUUAGUAAAUUAUUACAAAACGAGUUUCUGUUAUAGGAUUGCCCUGCAGCGCCCGGCAUGUAUCAGUAAGGAAUAACUCACAAUAAUAGUUCUUAAUUAGAUAGGAUAUCUAAAUUACCUGUUUUGAUAAUAAUUAAAUUCAUUCAUGCACUCAAAUAAAAAAUAGUUGCUUUCGCGCUGUGUGAUAGGUUUUUUAAGGCUUUAUCAUUGACAUACUCACUGGUUGGCACUUCAUCAGUAUAUCGACUAGAAGGAAAAAUGUAGUAACAUUCCACAACACUGAAAAUGUAAACAAAUUAACUGGUCUGUAACCACGUCUAGCUAUUUUUUUUUAUCGCUAAAUACUGUUUUGUUCGGUUUUCACUGAUAAAUUCUAAUAGCUAAUUGUCAUUUUAGUCUCGUGCGCAGGCCUAGCGGACAUGUGACGUUACAAAAGUAUUUACAGAUAUAGAAAUACACGUAAAGUUGUUCAGCUUACGGGCUCUGUUACGGCCACACUGUCACGGCCAGCAUAGUGUAUUUGAAAUUGAUGGUUGAACCAUUGUAAUAAUACAUAAUAUGUGCAUUCUGUUAAAGCUUAGUAAAGGAUGAUUUAACAAA